AUGACUCCUCUACAGAACGUUGCCAUAGCGGGAGUGAUGGUGGUCAAGGAGCUUCUAGCCUCUGGCUUCCAUGUCGUCCACGAUUCCUUCGAUUCUUGGAAGGCAGCUCUUGAGGGUCAAGACGCAAUUAUAUCGUUUCUCACACCACCGGCAACGGAGUAUCAAAACCUGGCCGCGGAUGCUGCCGUCGCUGCCAACGUGAAACGUUUUAUCCCCUCGGAAUGGGGCAUGAACACAACGAUUCUCGACAAUACAAUCUUUGGCAAACUGCUGUCAGACAAAACAACCACACAAAGCCAUUUGGCCAAGCUGUCCAAGGACAACGAUUUCUUCUCGUGGACGGGGAUUUCUACUGGAUUGUGGUUUGACUGGGGUCUGGAAAACCUCUCGCUGGGCUUCGACAAGAAAACCCGCACGGUUGACAUCGCCGACUCCGGCAGCGAACAUUUCCAGACGACAAACCUCAAUACCAUCGCCGAAGUCGUAGCUAAGGUCUUGAGAAGCCCUGGCCAGACCGCUGACAGAUACAUCACCAUCGCUUCAUUCAAUAUCUCGCAGAGGGAGAUUCUCGCGCUUGCAGAGGAGAUAUCGGGCCAUAAGUGGACAGUUAAGCCCUACAACGUCUAUGAGGCCCAGGGAACUGCCGAACAAGCCCUGAGGAUCAGAGAUUUUGAGAAUGCAUUUUACCCUUUGCUUCAUGGCCGCCUCUUGACGGAUGGUGCUAAUCUAGCACUCAAGCCGGACCAGAACUUUGUCCAGGAUGUUCUGGGCUUCCAGGAAGAAGACCCAACUGAUGCUAUCAAGGCUUGGCUUGGACAUGGACAAUAA